CGAAUAGAAGUAGAGGAUCGUCUCUGGUAUUAGUAGAAGGUGAAAACAAAGAUGGCGGCCAUGGCAUCGUUGGGGAAACGACUUAACUUGAAUGCGGCGAGAUUUAUUCGACAGAGUAGAUUAAUGUCGAUGGGUACACCACCCGAAGUAGCAGAAGCCGCAAUGAAGAAGUGGAGAAUGCUUACUUUCUUAGUGGCCUUGCCGAGCGUAGGCAUCUGCAUGGUUAACGCCUACUUGGGCGAAAAGGAACACAUGGCGCACUGGCAACGUCCCGAAUUCAAGCCCUAUGAACACUUGAGAAUUAGAAAUAAGCCAUUUCCAUGGGGUGACGGCAACCACGGCUUGUUCCACAACCCUCACAAGAACGCCCUACCCGAAGGUUACGAAGACGAGUUGUAGAAUUUAAAUUAAAAUCUUCCACGAGAAAUUUGUAAUAAUAAUAAAUAAUAAUGUUAGAAAUGGUUUACGAAUGUCUGUAAAAAAAAAAAAACCUUAGAUAAAUAAAGUGAUGAGAACGA